AAUUGGGUGGUUUCCCUGAGAGGGAAAAAAUUUUGAAUGUAAUUCCCAAAUGAGAAAGCAUAAUGUAUGAUCCUGAGAGAGAAAUAGCGGAUCCUAGAUCGAGGGACAUUCUUACUUUACAAGCUACACAUCGUUCGCGUGAGGUGUGGCAUAACCCGGAUUUUAUAGACAACAAAGUCUCUCCGGUUUGCUACGAAGCUAGUCUUCCAACAAUUUUUCAUGAUGAUAGAGUUUAUGAAAUGUUGCAUCGCUACGAAGAUCCAUUAAAUGCUUGGAAAAAGGAAAAGUAUAAAUCAAAUGGAUUUGACAUAAAGUACAUUGAGCAAAGAGAUAGAUUUGACACUACUUUAACUUUAUGGAGAAAUGUAUCCAUGAUUUGACCUGAAGAUGUCCAAGCUAUCAAUCACGUCAGUCAACCCACUUGGCCCGAUCCAUUCCUGAACUCACUACCCAUCACUCUGCCCACUUGGCCCGGUCCAUACCCAAACUCACUACUCGAUGGUUUUGGCAGGAACACUAUUCCAAAAAACCAUCCAAGCAUUGUAUAUAGUAGGAUAUGAUAGGAUAAAAUAGUUGAGUAGAAACAAAAAACUAUGAUACUUUUUUAUGUCUAGAUAUUUGAAUCUAGUUAUUUUUUGUAUCUUAAUUGAUCCUGAAAUCAUAAUGAGCAAGAAACUUAAAAGCUAAAAAAGCCAAACCGAAUCAUCCAAAUGGUGUAUAGAAAGAGCUAUGUACAAACACAGAAGACCAGAUUCCAAAUACCAUGUAUAACCCUUUUCUUAUAAUGAAAUAUACGUAAGUAAUUAGAGUUUUUUAAAGUUAGGAAUUAGUUCUUCCAUCAAAAUAAUACAAUAGUUUAUACAAAGUAGUCGCGAAUACAAAUUUAAAUAGUCAAUUCAAAGUAAAUAGUUAUUUGAUCUAGAGGGGUGGUUAGCAAACAUGAUCUAAUAAUGUUGAGAGAAAGGUCUAGAAAUGUUGAUGAGGGAGUAUAAUUUUCUUAAAAAUGUAAACACAAAUCAAUGAAGGAAAAUGACAACUAUCAAUGUUUUGUGACAAAUUGUUAAAAUAAUCUCUAAUCUAUAAUGUUGCUUACUAAUAGAAAGAAAUCCCAUGUCAAUAAAAUGAGAAUACUCUACCUUCAAGCUUAUUCUAGACGUCAUUGACUCAUUGUUAAUCAAAAAACCGAUCCCAAAGUAGCUCUCGCAGGAAACUUUUUAUGAAAUACUUUGGGUAUAUCUUAUUUGCUUUCUCUUCACUGACAUAUAUGCAUAGUGAUAGCAAACUUACACCUCUGUACAUUUGAAACUAACACAUUACAUAAGAAAAGUUGAAUUUUCAUCAAUAGUCAAUACCGUGACAAAUUCAUAAAUAAGCCCAUCUAUGUCUAGAGUUUUACCUUCUUGGAUGUUGACGGUAGUAAAAUCGUCAGGAGCAUACCGAAGCUCAUCAAGUAUUGGAACAUCAAAAAAAGACUCCACCUUUGAAAUGUUUUUCCACCCAAAGAACAGUUUGUGAUCUAACCCUAUACACUAAAUCCCAACAAAUACAGGUAACUAACUUGCAAGAUACAAAGUUUCAAUAAAAAACUAAUCCCUUACUAUAGUGCGAUUAACGAUAUGAAAAAUAGUGAAGCGAGUAAGAAAUAAAUUCAGUACCAAUCAUCAUCUUCAUAAGACCCAUGGUUUUUCCUGUUCUAAAUCUUAGAUAUAUGUUUGGACAUGGUUUAUUCUUAUCUUGUUUCAAACCAACUUAGAUGAGAUCAGGUUAAUCUAAGAACAAUAUAUUGAAAACAGCCUAGUAAAAACGUGAGAAAAAAUAAUGAUAACAGAGUAUGGUGUUUUAAUCAAAACAUGUAAAACCUUAAUAAAUAUAUAAAGAAGAAUCUUAAAAGCAUUGAAUCUUGGGGGCAGAGCAGUGAUGAGCUAUUUGGAUUUUAGGCAUUUGUAGUUUUAUUGUGAAUUGCAAAAUCAUCAAAAUGAAUUGAUCCUUUAAAAGCAUUCCCAUGUGACUGGUUUAGGGUGAACAUUAUGCUAUUGUCUUAUGAUAGAUUGCUCCCUUGAAAAUAUACACUAUAAUUCUGGUUGUGUUAAAAAAUAAAACUACUAUAAAUACCUUCAAAACACUGUUAGAGUAAUGAAAAUAUCUGUGAGUU